AUGGACGAGUCACGGAAGCGGAGGCGGGAGGACGGGGCCAGAGGUGGUGGACAGGGACCGGGCGGGAAGAAGGCCCGUGGACUGGCGGCGACUGUGGUGGCCUCGCACUACGACGCCCAGGCGAGAGAGACGCUGCGGGAUCGGGCAUCGUCACAGAUUCUCAAACUGCGGCAGUUCAACAACUGGACAAAGUCAGUUCUCAUCGCUACCUUUCUGCGCUGGCCAGGCUUCCACGUCCUCGAUGUGGCGGCUGGCAAGGGUGGUGAUCUGCACAAGUUUGAGCUCGCCGGAGUGGCUUCCUGGACCGCUGUCGACAUCUCGGCCGCAUCCAUCCACGAGGCUGCACGGCGGUACUCCAAGUCGCGCGAGCCGCGGGCCUUUGGCGCUCGACUGUUUGUGGCGGACUGUGCCGCCGUCCCGCUCUGGCAUCGGACCACCCGCGCCCAUCUGGUCAAGGUCGCCAACGAUGCCCGCCCGCCAGCUCUUGCCGCCGACAUGCGGUACCCGCCCGACUAUGCACCGUUUGCCUUUGAUCUGGCCUCGUGCCAGUUUGCGCUGCACUACUCGUUCCGUUCCGAGCGCGCCGCGCAUGUGUUCAUGGACAACAUCGCCGCCAAGCUCAAGCCUGGCGGAUACUUUAUCUCCACCAUUGUCGACGCCACUGUCCUCGCCGCCCGGCUAGCCAGGGUUCGCGGCGUCUCGCCGGGCGCCACCGGCUUCGGUAACUCGAUCUACUCGGUCCGCUUCAAACCAGAUGUCGCCGAUGCCUUGAUGGCCGGCACUGUUCCGCCCUUUGGCGCCGAGUACCACUUUACCCUCUCCGACGUCGUCGACUGCCCCGAGUUUGUGGUCGACUUUAACGUCCUGGUUGCCAUUGCCAAGGCUCAUGGCCUCGCCUUUUCCUUCAAGGCCGGUUUUAUGGACUUUUACGCCCAGAACCGCGAGUCGCCGCACUUUAGCAACCUGCUCCGCCGCCUCCGCCUCGUCGGCCACAAUGGCCAGCUCCUCCUCUCGCCACAGGAGAUCGAAGCCGCCUCCAUUUACAUGGUCUGCGCCUUUCAGCGCCCGGGCAAGCUUGUCCUCACCGAGCCCAAACGCCGCGCCUUUUCGCAGUUCCCGCCAGAGGCCGUCGCCGACCUCGAUCCCGCCGUCUUUGGCCCGGUGGUGAGCAAGUCGGCGUUGGUGGCACCUGGCUGGGAGGUGGACGAGGUCAACCCGCCACCUGGAGUGCCAACUGAUUCGGGCGUGCUGUUUGGAGCACGAUAUGUGCACAAAGAGAGUGGUACCGCUGCAGCAGUCUACCUUGGAGUCCCGUUUGCCCUGCCACCUACCGGUGAGCGGAGGUGGAAGUCGCCGCAGCCGCUGCCCGGCUCUGUCAGACACACCAUCAUCAAUGCCACCUACUUUGGACCGUCGUGCAUGCAGCUCUCCUCAGUCGUACCGCCCGAUCAACAGUCGGAGGACUGUCUCUAUCUCAAUGUCUUUGUGCCAGAAACGGCUCUGAGUGGUGGUCCCACCACGCCAGUCAUGGAGUUUAUCUACGGCGGCUCGUUCGUCUCGGGCUCGUCCUGGACUCUUGACGGCUUCUACACUGGCCUCAACCUCACCCUCUCGGACGUCAUCGUGGUGACCAUGAACUACCGCCUCGGCCCCUUUGGCUUCCUUGCCACGCAUGCUGCGCUCGCCGAGGCCGGAUCCGUCGGUAACUACGGCCUCGAGGACCAGACGCUGGCCAUGCAGUGGACGGCGGCAAACAUUGCCGGCUUUGGCGGCGACCCGAAGCUUAUCACGCUCUUUGGCGAGUCGGCCGGCGCCAUUUCAGUCUGCUACCAUCUUGCUUGGCACGCCUCGUCCGAGGCCGGGCUCUUCUCGCAGGUCAUCAUGGAGUCGCCGGACUGCAACACGGUUGUGCCGCUGCAGGCGGCGCUGGUGCAGGGCGCGUCGUUUGCCACCGCUGUGAACUGCCCGCCCGGCAAUCCGGCUCAGCAGCUGGCAUGCAUGCGCAACGUGUCGACCGACGCCGUCCUGCACGCACUCCCGCUCGCGCCGCUCGGCACCGCCGACGGCGCAUCGUACUCGCCGGUCCUCGACGGCAAGAUUGUUGUCGCACCGCCGAACAUGCUGCUGAGCAAGCAUGUCGAGCCAGACGUGCCGGUUAUCACUGGCACCAAUGCACAGUCGUGCACGCUGUUUGUCAUGCGGGUGACAGCAAUGCGCGAAAUGACUAGCGCCACGCUCGCCAAGCUCGUCGCCGCGCUCUGGCCCAAGGACGUGGACCAGAUCCUGGCACACUACCCGCUCUCGCAAUACUCGCUCGUUCCACCGGCUUCAGCUUGGGCACAGAUACUUUCGGACUACAUCUUUGUCUGCCCGACGCGGGUGACGUCUUCCAUCCUCGCCGACGGCGGCGCGGAUGCCUUCCUCUACAAGUUUGCGUAUGUGCCUGACUGCGACAUUUUCCCGCCGGACCUGCACAAGUACCUCGGAGCGUACCACUUUGCCGAGAUUCCGCUGGUGUUUGGCAACCCGCCGCUCAUUCCGCCGGUCCCGUGCACGUGGUCGCCGUCGGACCGGAACGUCUCGCUCGCCAUGCGCCACAUCUGGACUGGCUUUGCGCACGCCGAGCUCCCAUCGUCACUUGUCGACUGGCCAGCCUACAACACCACAGCGCGCCCACUGUACAUCAUUGACGAGGCGUCAUCGCUCGACCACAACUACCGUGGUCAACUUUGCGACUUUUGGGCCAACAUCCCGCCGCCGUCGGUCAUCGCCGACAGCCACGCCCUUGCUCGCCCAGCCCUCCUCCAAGCUCUCGCAACCUCGCCCGAGCACAUCCUUGCGCUCAUCGGCUGA